AGCAAAGUGAUCAAUCGUGAGGAGUGAUGGUCACAUCGGCAUUCGAGGCGGAGUUGGCGUCGGAAGGUGCAACGGGCAGCGCUGAGGCGCAGCUGGCGUUUCAGGAGGAGUUUGCGCUCGCAGACAGCGUGGCGGCCAAGCUGCAGCUGGUGCACAAGACCUUCGUGCCGGGUACACCCGAUUUCUGGUUCUACUCGUCGCUAUGUACACUGCUCGAGGUACAGACACUACUGGAGACUGAGAAGUAUGAGGCAGCGUGGCAGAUGCUGGGAGAGAACAAGAUGCAGCUGGAGACGGUAGAACGGGAGCUCACGGGAAGGAGCUGCUGGCGACGCUCCCAGCGUAUCCACAGACGGCGACUGUUACUGGAGUUGGACCUGUUGUACAAGCUCAAGAGGCCACAAGAGGAGAUUAAGAAUGCGACGCAACAGCUCACGACGGCGCUGCAAGUGAAUUAUCAGGACCCCGAGCCAGCAGGAGCUGACCUUCCUGAGCUAUAG